AUGCGCCGAUUGCCACAUGACUGGAUGAGACUGAACAGAUGCACAGCAGCCCAUCCUCAUGAGCAGGCAGUCGUGAAAACUUCUCACGAGUCUUAUCCGGAUCCAGGAAGAGUAACGGCAGCUCACCUGCUCUCACUGCCGUGGAGCUUCAUAAUGCUCACAUUACAACCUUAAGGACUCUGCAAGCCUGUUACUCUGAGGGAGAGGAGUGCGACAGACACGGCUCUGAAUAACAUGCUCUCCUCAGCCUGAGCUUCACUCUGUGUUUUGAAAGAAAUGGCAACAAAAGGCAGGCUGGUGCUGCGGAGUGUGUUCACAGGACUCAGAGCUCAUGCUGUCUGGUAUCAGAGCUCAGCUUCGACUCCCAGUCAAGGUCGGCUGCUGUGGAGACCUCAGCUCAGACAUCUGAGCUGCUCAUACGGACUCUGCGGGGCUGCUCCGCCCUCCACAGGUCCCAGCAGUCUGUCGUUCAGGAGUCACACCUGUGGAGAACUGCGAUCAGAUGAUGCGGGGAAGAAAGUCACUCUGUGUGGCUGGGUCCAGUAUCUCAGGCAGGACCUGUUCGUCAUCCUGCGAGACUUCAGCGGCUUGACACAAAUUCUAAUUCCUCAGGAAUCUCCAAGUACUUUGAAAGCCACGUUGUGCAAUCUGACGCCCGAGUCUGUCAUCAAGGUUACAGGAACAGUCAGGAACCGACCAGUGGGGCAGGAGAACAAGGAGAUGCCGACAGGAGAGAUUGAAGUCUUGGCAGAGAAUGUGGAGGUCUUCAAUGUGUGCCAGAAGCUGCCGUUUGAGAUAAAAGACUUUGUCAAAAAGUCUGAGUCAUUGCGGAUGCAGUAUCGCUACCUGGACCUGAGGUCAUCACAGAUGCAGAAGAACCUAAGACUGAGAUCCCAGCUGGUGAUGAAGAUGAGGGAGUAUCUCUGUAAUGUGCACGGCUUUGUGGAUGUGGAAACUCCCACUCUGUUCAAAAGGACACCAGGGGGAGCCAAAGAGUUUGUGGUUCCCUCCAGAGAGCCAGGAUUAUUUUACUCUUUACCCCAGAGUCCACAGCAGUUUAAGCAGCUUCUCAUGGUGGCUGGUGUAGACAGGUACUUUCAGAUAGCCCGGUGCUACAGAGACGAAGGCUCCAAACCAGACAGGCAGCCUGAAUUCACCCAGGUGGACAUAGAGAUGUCUUUUGUGGACCAGGCAGGUAUCAUGUCACUGGUGGAGGGUUUGCUGCAGUACUCUUGGCCUGCAGAACGUGGUCCUCUUAAGGCUCCUUUCCAAACUCUGACAUAUGAAGAGGCCAUGAGGGACUACGGUGUGGACAAACCCGACACCAGAUUCAACAUGAAGCUAAUAGACCUCAGUCAGAUCUUCCUUUCCACGGAAAUUGAAUUCCUCCAAUCAGCUCUUGGCCAACCAGGAGGCUCCGUUCGGGCCGUCUGUGUCCCCAGUGGAGCAAAACUUUUCACUGGGAAGGAUUUGGAAGAACUGAAACAAAUAGCCAAGACUCAGUUUGGACAGGAGCUGAGCCUGGUGCUGGUCAGAGCAGACGGGACAUUGAAGUCUCCCCUGAAGAAGCUGCUGUCUUCGUCUGUCACAGACGAGCUGCUGAAGUGGACUGAAGCCAAGCCAGGAGACCUGCUUCUGAUUGCAGCAGGCUCCCACCACACUGUUUGCCCAUUGCUGGGUCAUCUUCGCCUGCAGUGUGCAAAGCUCCUGGAGUCUCAUGGUGUGGUCGUGCGUGACCCCUCAGCCUUCCACUUCCUGUGGGUCGUGGACUUUCCUCUCUUCUUGCCCAAAGAAGAUGAUCCAGAGGAGCUGGAAUCAGCUCAUCAUCCAUUUACUGCACCAGUGCCAGAGGACACACGGUUACUCUAUACUGAUCCACAUAAGGUUCGUGGUCAGCACUAUGACCUGGUGUUAAAUGGCUGUGAGAUCGGAGGAGGCUCCAUUCGCAUCCACAAAGCCUCAGAGCAGUUUUAUGUACUGAAGAAUGUCCUUAAGGAGGACCCCGGACUUCUCUCCCACCUCCUCGAGGCCUUGGAUUCAGGAGCGCCGCCUCAUGGAGGCAUUGCUCUGGGUUUGGAUCGACUGGUCUCAAUAAUAGGAGCUCCCAGCAUCCGCGACGUAAUCGCCUUCCCCAAGUCAUUCCGCGGUCAUGACCUCAUGAGCCGUGCACCCGACUUGGUGUCUGAAGAGGACCUGAAGUGUUACCACAUUUCUGUUAAAAUGCCAACAGAGCAAGGAAGAGAGGGAAAGUGAUUAAGAAGAACCACAGACAUCGAAGGAUGUCUGUGUAGUCCCAGGUCUGGUGAGGCUGAGGAGAUGUGCAGACUAUCAGCAGACAGCAAAAAGACUUUGAGGCUGUAAGAUCUGUGCCAGAUGGCAAAACAACAGAGACAAGAGAUACUUGUGGCUGCAUUGAUGCUGCCGUCCCUCUAUGUUUGUGGUCCUUCGUAUCAAGUUUUUUAGAUAUUUAUAUCUUUUUACUGAUUCUGUACAGCUGCUUAUUAUGGGGUGGUUUGGUGUACAUGUUCAAAUGAGGCAUUAUAUGAAAUAAUAAUAAAUCUAUAAUGUCAUUGUU